AUGAUUCCUGGUAACCGAAUGCUGAUGGUCGUUUUAUUAUGCCAAGUCCUGCUAGGAGGCGCGAGCCAUGCUAGUUUGAUACCUGAGACGGGGAAGAAAAAAGUCGCCGAGAUUCAGGGCCACGCGGGAGGACGCCGCUCAGGGCAGAGCCAUGAGCUCCUGCGGGACUUCGAGGCGACGCUUCUGCAGAUGUUCGGGCUGCGCCGCCGGCCGCAGCCCAGCAAGAGCGCGGUCAUCCCGGAUUACAUGCGGGAUCUCUACAGGCUCCAGUCGGGGGAGGAGGAGGAGGAAGAGCAGAUCCACAGUAUCGGUCUGGAGUACCCGGAGCGCCCUGCCAGCCGGGCCAACACCGUGAGGAGUUUCCAUCACGAAGAACAUCUGGAGAACAUCCCAGGGACCAGCGAAAAUUCUGCUUUUCGUUUCCUCUUUAACCUCAGCAGCAUCCCAGAGAACGAGGUGAUCUCUUCCGCGGAGCUUCGGCUCUUUCGGGAGCAGGUGGACCAGGGCCCUGACUGGGAGCGGGGCUUCCACCGCAUAAACAUUUAUGAGGUUAUGAAGCCCCCGGCAGAAAUGGUGCCUGGGCACCUCAUCACACGACUACUGGACACGAGACUGGUCCACCACAAUGUGACGCGGUGGGAAACUUUUGAUGUGAGUCCUGCAGUCCUUCGCUGGACCCGGGAAAAACAACCGAACUAUGGACUGGCCAUUGAGGUGACUCACCUCCAUCAGACACGGACCCACCAGGGCCAGCAUGUCAGGAUUAGCCGCUCGUUACCUCAAGGGAGUGAGAAUUGGGCCCAACUCCGGCCCCUCCUAGUCACCUUUGGCCAUGAUGGUCAGGGCCAUGCCUUGACCCGUCGCCGGAGGGCCAAGCGUAGCCCUAAGCAUCACCCACAGAGGGCCCGGAAGAAGAACAAGAACUGCCGGCGCCACUCACUCUAUGUGGACUUCAGCGAUGUGGGCUGGAAUGACUGGAUCGUGGCUCCACCAGGCUACCAGGCCUUCUACUGCCAUGGGGACUGCCCCUUUCCACUGGCUGACCACCUCAAUUCAACCAACCAUGCCAUUGUGCAGACCCUGGUCAACUCUGUCAAUUCCAGUAUCCCCAAAGCCUGUUGUGUGCCCACUGAACUGAGUGCCAUCUCCAUGCUGUACCUGGAUGAGUAUGACAAGGUGGUACUGAAAAAUUAUCAGGAGAUGGUGGUAGAGGGAUGUGGGUGCCGCUGA